GUAUGUUGUCGUGUUCCAUGUCUUUGUUGGUAAUAACACCGUGCAAUUGUCUUGACUUAUAAGCAACAGUAGAAAAGCAUUUGCUUAGUAUAGGCAUGAAAUGAUGAUUAUAAACAACACUGUGAGAUUGGAGUGGUAUGGCACUAAGAGGAAAAUGGGUUUUGUUUCCACUCUAUUGCUUUUGCCUGAUUCCGAUAUGCUUCUCGGCGGCGAAGGAAGGAAAGCCGCCACAACAGCAGAAGUUGCGGUUCGGAAAAAACGGAGAGUUCAAGAUCUUGCAGAUUGCUGACUUGCACUAUGCUAAUGGGAAGACUACCCACUGCUUGGAUGUGUUGCGUUCUCAGUAUGCUUCUUGCUCUGACCUCAACACCACCGCCUUCAUCCAAAGGAUCAUCCUUGCUGAGAAACCCAACCUAAUUGUCUUCACUGGGGAUAAUAUAUUUGGACAUGAUGCCUCGGAUCCGGCUAAAUCGAUGGACGAGGCAUUUGCCCCUGCAAUCGCUUCAAACAUUCCUUGGGUAGCUGUUUUGGGCAACCAUGACCAGGAAGGAUCCCUCUCUAGGAAAGGGGUGAUGAAAUAUAUUGCUGGGAUGAAAAACACUUUAUCUAUUGUCAAUCCUCCGGACAUACACAUAAUUGAUGGUUUUGGGAACUAUAACUUAGAGGUUGGAGGAGUUAAAGGUACUGAUUUUGAAAAUAAAUCAGUGCUCAAUCUCUACUUUCUCGACAGUGGAGAUUACUCCAAGGUUCCUUUCAUUCCUGGCUACGGCUGGAUCAAACCCUCUCAGCAACUUUGGUUCCAACUGACAUCGAAAAAGCUUAGGAAAGCAUACAUGAAUGGACCAGUGCCUCAGAAAGAACCUGCACCUGGUCUUGCGUACUUUCACAUUCCAUUACCUGAAUAUGCUAAAUUUGAUUCAUCAAACUUCACAGGUGUGAAACAAGAAGGCAUAAGUUCUGCUUCUGUGAAUUCUGGCUUCUUCACAACAUUGGUUAAAUCUGGAGAUGUGAAGGCAGUUUUCACUGGCCAUGAUCAUGUCAAUGACUUCUGUGGCAAGUUAACAGGUAUAAAUCUUUGCUAUGCUGGAGGAUUUGGAUAUCAUGCUUAUGGCAAAGCUGGAUGGUCUAGAAGAGCAAGAGUGGUGGUAGUUAGCUUGGACAAAACAGAGAGUGGCUGUUGGGAAGAUGUCAAAUCAGUUAAAACGUGGAAACGCCUUGAUGAUCAAAAUCUAACCGGUAUUGAUGGUCAGGUCUUAUGGAGCAAGAAUUUUAGAAGCAACCGCAGGAAAAAACAAGAUGGUGAAUCUUGAGAAUUUAUGGUGUUGCAGAAAAAUUUUAGUAUCAUGAAGGUGAUUUUGGAAUGUCUCAGUCUGUUUUAUACAUUUUUCUGUCAAAGGAACCUGUUCAUUACACGUCCUAUAAUCAGGAUGCAGCAAUACGAGGUAGCUUGGUCAAAAAUAAUAUGUAAAGGAAUGGAAGUUCACUGAUGUGGUGCAAUGAUUGCAUGCUAUGCGAUUGCUACUGUCCGUUCAAAACAAGAGAUGAUGCACCAUGAAAUAUGAAAGGCUUCUUUAAGAUGAUGCACCAUGAAUUUUGAGUAGAUUUCUGCUUGUGUUGUGUGGAUAUUUAUGCUACCUGAUAAUGAUAAUAAUACGUUUGCUAUAAAAUCACAAAGUUAUGGUACAAUGACAAUUAAUGUAUGCAA